GUUUCAGUGCAAGUAAACUAGAAGAUGUCAUCGAAGGUUGUUGUUUUGGCUGCUUUCUUGGCAGCAGCUAGUGCUGCAGCUGUAGUAGACAGCGGAUUUCACAGCCCUCAAUAUACUUUCGGAUACGGUGUCGACGAUCCAUAUACGGGGGACAGCAAGAGUCAGGUCGAAACCAGAAAUGGAGACAUCGUCCAAGGUUCCUAUUCUCUCAACGAUCCCGACGGCACCCGACGCACCGUCGACUACACCGCCGAUCCCAUCAACGGCUUCCAAGCCACCGUUCGCAAAACACCCCUAGUAGCAGCCGCCUCUGUCGUAGCCCCAGCCCCUCUCGUAGCACCCGUAGCAGCUACCGUAGUAGCCAGCGCCCCGACCGUAGCCGCUGCGCCCGCAGCUGCGCUUCCGACCACAGCGCAGGUCGUAGCUGCAGCAGCUCCAGUAUCUUCGACAGUCAGCACGACGUCUACUAGGAUUGCGCAUGGAGUGCCUACAUUUGCCAAUUAUGGUGCUCCAUUCGACCGGCAAGGGGCUGCCCUCAGGGGAGUCCUCUUCCCUCUGCUGUGGUCACUGCUCGUGAAUGAUCUGCUGGCCAUUCUCUCGAUCUGGGAGGUCGACCUGCAAGCAUAUGCUGACGAUCUGGUCCUAUUAAUACGCGAUAAAUCCAAAGAGAUGAUCUCCUACGUGCUUCAGGAUAUAUUGAACACCAUAUAUGAAUGGUGUGAGAAGGAGGAAAUGUCCAUUAACCCUCACAAAAUGGUCAUAGUAUCGUUCACCAGGAAAAGGGAGCUGGAAAAUUUAAGACCUCCUUCCAUCAAUGGAAGCAAAAUAUUUGGGAAUCACCCUAGAUAA